AUGGUGUUGGCGGCGUCGGCGAUGGGCUGGCCUUUGUUGAAGCUCUCGUGUGUCCAAGAGGGGCACGAGCCCCCGGCGUGCUCGGCGUGCUUGGCGCGCCCGGCGGCCGCACGCCAGCGGGGCCGAGCGGAGCGGGGCCGAGCGGAGCGGGGCCGAGCGGUGCGCCGCUGCGAGGAGCGCUUGGCGCCAAGGGUGCGCCAGGAGCUCCUGGUGCUCGAGGUGGACCAGGUGCUGCUGGUGCAAGAGGCGCGCCAGGUACACGUGGAGCGCCGAGCGCAGAUGGUGCCCCAGGCGCAAGGGGUGCCCCAGGUGCACGUGGAGCGCCAGGCGCACAAGGUGCCCCGGGCGCAAGGGGUGCCCCAGGUGCACGUGGAGCGCCGAGCGCAGAAGGUGCCCCGGGCGCAAGGGGUGCCCCAGGUGCACGUGGAGCGCCAGGCGCAGAAGGUGCCCCGGGCGCAAGGGGUGCCCCAGGUGCACGUGGAGCGCCGAGCGCAGAAGGUGCCCCGGGCGCAAGGGGUGCCCCAGGUGCACGUGGAGCGCCGAGCGCAGAUGGCGCCCCGGGUGCAGCAGGCGCAAGGGGUGCCCCAGGUGCGCGUGGAGCGCCGGGCGCAGGUGGCGCACCAGGUGCUGCAGGUGCAAGUGGUGAAGGAGCGCCAGGGGUACGAUAACCACCAGGCGCAGGUGGCGCACCGGGUGGGCCAGGGGCUGCAGGCCCCAGUGGUGAAGGGGCACGAGGACCACCAGGCGCAGCUGGCGCACCAGGUGCUGCAGGUGCAAGUGGUGCAGGAGCGCCAGGGGUACGAUAACCACCAGGCGCAGGUGGCGCACCGAGUGCGCCAGGGGCUGCAGGCCCAAGUGGUGCAGGGGCACCAGGGGCACGAGGACCACCAGGCGCAGCUGGCACACCAGGUGCUGCAGGUGCAAGUGGUGCAGGAACGCCAGGGGCACGAUAGCCACCAGGCGCAGGUGGCGCACCCGGUGCGCCAGGGGCUGCAGGCCCAAGUGGAGCAGGCGCAGCUGGCGCGCCCGGCGCUGCAGGCGCAAGCGGUGCACCAGGGAUGCGAGGAGCCCCUAGCGCAGGGCUUGGUGCGGGAGCUGCUGGUGCUCCGGGCACUGGGCCGAGCGCAGGUGCAGAUAAUGGUGCAGCAGGCGGGAGCGCUGGUGCGGCAGGCACUGCUGGCAAGGUCUUCGCAGGCGCACCCGGCGCUGCUGGGGGGAAGCCACCUGCCAGAGCAGGCUCCCAAUUGCGAGGCUUGCCUAGACACGCUUGACCACAUUGCAAGCUUUAGCAUGCCCGAAAGGGAGCCCCCAAGCAAGACCAGCAUCUAA